UGACGCUAGCGCUUGGUUUCUUGAAUUUGAAUUUAGUCUCUGCGAAUCUUACAGAUUAAUCUCGUAUCUAGUUUCUUGGAUUUGAUCCAUCAAUGGCGGAAGUGAAAGACGCCCAACAUCACGUGGUCGAAAUCAUGGUGGACGGAGAUCAUCGGAUUUCCACCAUCGCCGCCAUACAAGACCACCCAUUAAUGGAAAUCUCAGAAUCCCCCGGCCACCUUCUUCUGUUAAAGCUUUGGCAGAGAGAAGAAGAUCUAUUCGGCCGUAGGAUUGCCCGCAAAGAAACACGAAUCGACGCUCUCACUCGAGAGAUAUUCCAACUCUGUCUAUUUUUCUUCACAUUUCAUGGGUUUUUCUUUACCAUCUUAUUCACAUCAUCUCAUAACUCUAACUCAUGUCGAAAAUGGUGGAUUCCGAUUCUGGUCUCGUUAUCUACUUGCUGUAUGAUGAUCUUGUUGGUUCAGAUGAAACUUUGCAGGUACUGGAAGGUUUAUGGACAGUUGCAGAUGGAAAGGACAGACAGUCGAGCGUUAACGAGAUGCAUUCAGGAGCUGAGGAUGAAAGGGGUCAGCUUUGAUCUGUCAAAGGAGCCUGGAAAUGGGAAGAGGAUGAAGAGUUCAAGUGUAGAGAUCAAAUGGAAACCAGUAACUUGGUGUCAUCAGUAUCUCAUCACUAUUUGGCUUGUUUCUGUUAUGGGUUUGGCUGUUCCUGUUUGCAGAUUCAUGCUUUGUGCUUAAUAGGAGAGGCAACUUUGAAUUUUCAGUGGGGGAUGAAGCAUUUUGGUCCGGUUCAGAUUCAUGUUUAGUAAAUUAAAAUUAAGCAUCUUUGAGUGAUCUUGAAACCAGUUGUAAUUAGUAACACAGCUUGUGUUAUGUGAAUCAAUUAUUCUUUUUAAC